AUGGUCUCAGCCAUGCUUCUUACCGCCGGUUUGGCGGCUGGUGCUCUCGCCGCGCCCGCUACCAACGUCCCCGGCCACCGCAAGGCCGGCUUCACAGUCCCCCAGGUCCGUGCCGUCGGCCACGUCCGCCACGGUCCUACCCAGAUGGCCAAGACCCUCCUCAAGUUUGGCAAGACGGUCCCCGAUGAGCUCACGGCGACCAUCAAGGCUUGGAAGAUCUCGAGGCGGGAGGAGAUGAUGAAGCGCUCCCAGGGCAGCGCCAUCACCACCCCGGAGCAGUACGACACCGAGUAUCUGACCCCCGUGCAGAUCGGUACCCCUGCUCAGACCCUCAACCUCGACUUCGACUCCGGUUCGUCGGAUCUCUGGGUUUUUUCUUCUGAGACGGAGAGGUCCGAUGUUGCUGGCCAGGCCACUUACAACCCUGACUCGAGCAGCACCUCCAAGGAGCUCAGCGGUGCCUCUUGGGACAUCUCCUAUGGUGACGGCUCGUCCUCGUCUGGAAACGUCUUCACUGACGUCGUCAGCGUCGGCGGAGUCUCGUUCGACUCGCAGGCCGUCGAGACCGCUAAGAACGUCUCAACAUCCUUCACCUCAGACGCCAAUAAUGACGGUCUGCUGGGCCUGGCCUUCAGCACUCUGAACACCGUCACUCCGACCGCCCAGAAGACCUUUUUCGACAACAUCAAGGGCUCCCUGGACUCGAGCCUGUGGACCGUCGACUUGAAGUCCGACAAGCCCGGCACCUACAACUUCGGCUUCAUCGACGACACCCUGCACACCGGCGACAUCGCCUACACGGACGUCGACUCCAGCCAGGGCUUCUGGAUGUUCACUGCCGACAGCUACAGCGUCGGCAGCUCCUCCUCGGGUAACUCUACCACCGGCACUGGCUCCAGCACUGGCUCUGGUUCCUCCAGAGCUUCGGCUUCGGCUUCGUCCGCGGCUCCUUCCGCUACUUCGGGAUCCGGUGCCGGCCCCGGUGGCUUUGGCCCCGGUAGCGGUAGCAGCAGUGGCAACACCGGCAGCGGCAGAGGCGGCCAGCAAUCUGGAGGCUCCGGCUCCGGUUCUGGCGCCGAUUCCGACUCGAGCUCUGACUCGCUUCUCGACCUGCUGACUGGCCUCUUUGGCCGCUCGCCUGAGCCCAAGUCUCGCGCCUCGGGUUCCUCUUCCGCAGCUGCCACCACCCUGACCGGUAUUGCCGACACCGGCACCACCCUGGCCCUGCUGCCGCAGUCCGUCUGCGAGGAAUACUACGCGCAGGUCUCGGGAGCCUCGUACUCCAGCUCCAUCGGCGGCUACGUCUUCAGCUGCGAUGCCACGACGCCGUCUUUCAGCUACACCGUCGGUGAUGUCACCAUCGCCAUCCCCGGCGACUACAUCAACUACUCGCCCGUCGACAGCUCCGGCUCGAAGUGCUACGGCGGCAUCCAGCCCGACAGCGACAUCGGCUUCAGCAUCUUUGGCGACGUCGCCCUGAAGGCCGCGUUCGUCGUCUUCAAGGAUGAUGGCAACACGCCGCAGAUUGGUUUCGCUGCCAAGACUUUGUAA